AAGUCGACUAUAAUCUGAUUAAAUAAACAUAAACAAAGUAUCUAUAAAUGAUAAGAAAUAAUCAGUUCUAAAAGUCAUCAACACUACAAAAGUACAUAUCCUAAACCCUCACCCUCACCCUCACGGCCUCACCACCACCACCAACAAUCAAAUCAACAUAGAAAUGAGCGCGAAACAACCAACACUUGAAUAUGACCGCCGUAAAGAGGUGGAAGAUUUCGAAAGCACCAAACUCGGUGUAAAAGGCCUGGUUGACUCAGGCAUAACUGAAAUCCCCCGUAUGUUUCACCACCCACCUGAUACCCUCUUUGAGCUCGAAUCUGACCGCCAUGACGGUCAUGAUCACCUCAUACCCGUCAUUGACUUAUCGGGGCCUCACCUGAAAGUGGUGGAACAGCUUCGAGAGGCGUCUUCUAAGUUCGGGUUCUUUCAGGUUAUCAACCACGGGGUGCCGGUUUCUCUGCUGAACCGUCUGCUUGAAUCUAUCAAGGCCUUCCAUGAGCUGCAGCCACAAGAGAAAAUGCAAGUUUAUCGCAGAGAUACAGUCACUGCAGGGAGUGGAGUGGGGUUCUACUCUAACUAUGAUUUGUUCCAUUCUAAAGCUGCAAGCUGGCGGGAUUCACUUUCAGUUCGUCUAGCUCCUAUUCCUGUUGAUCCCAAUCAAAUCCAUGAUGUUUGCAGAACUGAGGUGAUAGAGUGGGAUAAGGAAGUGAAGCAGCUCGGACAACAACUCAUGGGAUUACUAUCCGAAGGAUUGGGACUAAAUGCUGAUAAAUUAACAGGAGCGUCCCAUUUAGGAAGGAGAGCCAUGGUCGGCCAAUAUUAUCCACAUUGUCCGGAGCCUAACAAGACUGUAGGGAUCGCCUCACAUACAGAUCCCGGGAUUCUGACAGUGUUGCUGCAGGAUCAAGUGAGUGGGUUACAAGUUAAAUAUUAUGGCAAGUGGAUCGAUCUGAAACCUGUUCCGGGUGCUCUUGUUGUUAACAUCGGUGAUUUAUUCCAGAUAAUAUCCAAUGAUGAAUACAAGAGUGGAGAACAUCGUGUAUAUGCUAAUCCUUUCUUCAAACCACGAGUAUCAAUCGCAGUCUUCUUCAGCCCAGGCAUUUAUGACAAUAUAUAUGGACCUUUGCCUGAGCUGGUAUCACCUGAAAGACCAGCACUGUACCAGCAACGCAAAUUCUCAGACUUGGUUAGCAACUUUUUCUCAAAGGAGUUAGAAGGAAAGUCCAUGACUAGUUACUUCAGGUUGUAAAAUUGUGAUAAAGCUUUAAUUUGUGUUAUUAUGUGUAAGUGGCUUGAAAAGAUAUGAGAAUAAAUAUAAUAGUAAUAAUAAAGAUUAAAGCAAAUUACCUUCUAUGUCAAGAUAUUGGAAAAUA